AUGCCCGUGCCCAUCAGAGGACUGCCGUCAUUAGGUACAGCACUGCUGUCUGGGCGAAAUUUGAGUUUGCAGGACAAUUCGCAGGAUUAUCCUCAUCCUACACCUCCAAUAUACGCGGAUGAACAAACCAUGCUGCAGGCUGUGGAAGACCUUCGGGCUCACCUUGGAAAUGACGCUGUGAGCGUUGAUCAAGGUGAUAUUGAAUCUCAUGGAUAUUCCGAGUGGUCCACCUCAAACAGCACAAUAAGGCCUAUAGCCGUGAUAACGCCGACAUGUACAGAAGAUGUUUCCUUCAUCGCAAAAUUAUGCACCAAAUACCGAAUACCUAUGAUUCCAUAUGGGGCGGGCUCGAGUGUUGAGGGCAAUGUCAGUACGCCUUACUCUGGUCUCAGUAUUGAUCUUUCCCAAAUGAACAAGAUUGUCGACUUCCAUCCAGAAGACAUGGACGUCGUCGUCGAAGCGGGUGUCAACUGGGUGGAGCUGAAUAGAGAAAUCAAAUCCUCGGGUUUAUUCCUGCCCGUCGACCCAAGCCCUACGGCACAGAUCGGUGGAAUGGUCGCAACAAAUUGUAGUGGAACGAAUGCAAUGAGAUAUGGAACAAUGAAAGAUUGGGUCAUGAACCUCACAGUCGUCCUUGCAGAUGGUUCUGUCAUUCAGACUCGACGUCGACCGCGGAAAACCUCUGCAGGAUAUAAUCUGAACGGAAUAUUCACUGGCUCUGAAGGAACACUGGGUAUUGUCACACAAAUCACGUUGAAGUUGGCUGUCAUUCCUACCCAUUUUGGUGUCGCUACAACGACUUUCCUUUCAGUCAAAGAUGCUGCGGGAGCAGGAACGGCCAUGAUACGUCAGGGAAUCCCGUUGGCUGCCUUGGAACUGAUGGAUGAUACGCAGAUGGAAGUCAUCAAUCGAACGGGAGGUAUAGCUGGGAAGCUUCUGCCCGAAAAGCCCACGCUGUUCUUGAGGUUUUCUGGCUCGGAAAGAGCAGUCCAAGAAAGCAUAACACAAGUCCGAGACAUUUGCAAAGGCUUUGGCAGCAAUAGCUUCCAGAUAGCGACGUCUGAGAAGGAGAUGGAGAAUCUGUGGUCAGCCAGGAAGCAGGCACUAUGGGCCAUGCUUGCAGUUCGACCCGAAGGAACUCAGAUCUGGUCGACUGAUGUUGCAGUACCAAUAUCACGUAUUGCUGAGAUCAUCGACUACUCGAAAAAACAAGCCGCUCAGCUUGGUCUCUUCUCCAGUGUGCUCGGUCAUGUCGGAGAUGGUAACUUCCAUCAAGCAGUCAUGUAUAAUCCUGACAAGAUAGGCGAGGCGAUCGCCGUGACAGCGUGCUUAAAUGACAUUAUUGAUAAGGCGUUGGAGAUGGAUGGUACAGUGUCAGGGGAGCACGGUAUAGGGCUGGGGAAGAAGGCCUGUCUAGCCAAAGAGCUGGGUAGUGGUACUAUCGGUGUGAUGAGGUCGUUGAAGCGUGGGUUGGACCCUCAUUGGAUUCUUAACCCUGGAAAGAUAUUCGACUUUUGA